CACUGUCACUCUUCCUGUUCCUGUUCCUGUUCCUGGCCCAAUCCGAAUCAAUCCCUUUGACUUAACUGCCUACAUAAUAGCGUUUCUUGUUUCUUGUUCCUUGUUUGAUCUUCAUCUUCAUCCUCUCCCUCCCUCUCCUCGUCCACAUCCACUGCCACUGUCACUGUCACUGCCACUGCCACUGCCACCUCCCUUUCUAUUUACUUACUAUUACCAUCUACUUCUUCCCUCCCCUCCCCACCUUCCCUUUCUAUCCUCCUUCUCUCGCCCAGGCCGCCUUAUCCAGCGUCUACACAGCCAAUUCCCACUCGCCACUUCCCCAACCAAACCUACCACAGUAGUAUGAAUGACAACAACGCCUCGCCAGUGAUUUGUUCAUGAUGGAUGGUCCCAUCCCGCCGCCGUCGUCGACCUCCUCCUCCUCUUCCGCCACCCUUCUUCCGCCGUCCAACUCGUCUUCAUCUUCCGUCUUCCGACCCCGCAGAUCCGACGACUGGAAUGAGUAUCGCCCAGCCAUCGAGCAUCUCUAUCGAGAUAAGCAGCUCAAGCUCCGCGACGUGAAGCGAGCCAUGGAGAAGGAAUAUAAAUUCUUUGCCUCAGAAAAACAAUACAAGGACCGACUGGCCUCCUGGAAUAUUCGCAAGAACAUCAAAGCCAAGGAAGUCCACAUCAUGCUCCGCAAACAGCAGAAGCGAGCUGCCGAGGGCAAGCAAACCGUAUUCCGCGUUGCGGGACAGGAUAUCGACACCAAGCGCAUCUCCCGCUUCGUCCGUAGAUAUGGCACCAACGUGGAAGCAAACAACUCUCGCGAUGCCCCCUUGCAGAGCCCUCCGGUCCCUCAGAGUCCCUUGCCCUUCCAGCAGGCCCAUCAUAUCAUGCAGACCCAAUCGCUUCUGCAGACCCCAAUUUUGCAAACCCAACCAUUUCACGCCGCGAGUCCUGAGCCCGCGACCCCAUCCGACAUGAGCUAUGGUACCCCGCCGCCGGAUGAAAGAGGGAUGACCUUGUCUCCCUCCACCGAGACGCAUUCGCAAUUCCAUGAUGAUAGAUCAGAAUCCACCUAUAAUGUGGACACCAACCACGUCCGAUCUCUGUCAGUCUCGACCGCCUCAGCCUUCUCUACUGAUACUAUACAAAACGAGCCGUCCAGGCCCGUGGAAGAUGCCAUGCGUGACAACAUGGGCUGGCCAGCCCUUGAUGACUUCCAAAAGCACCUCAUGAAACUUCAACGAACCCUCGACCAGUCAAUGUCCAGGUUCGUCUCCCACGAGGAACGAUUGCAGCAGGAGGCCCAGGCGGAACUCAGCCGCUCCACGGGCCAGUGACGAGAAAGAUGAAAGAGACAACCACCCCGCGUGGAUUGUAACAAAAGAAUGAUUGGAUAUCUGUCACCAUCCUUUUACGUGCUACUUCCUGUCUCUGGCCAGGGCGAGUUGAUUGCCGUCUGCUCAGUUUGGUAUUUCUCUGUAAUAUUCCAGUAAUUCCCUUUGUCUGUCCUGUUUCCCGUUCAUCUGCGUUUCCUUUUUCCUAUUUCACAGAGUGCCGACUAUAUAGAGCAUCCAUGGCUUGAAUAAAGGGGGAUACCAGGUCCAAUUGACCUCUGCUC